AGUUCUGCAAGUUUUCAUUUGAACUGUAUAUUUAAAAAUGAAAACUGCUGUAACUUUAAACAACGGGAGGGAUAUUCCACUCGUGGGUCUGGGAACAUGGCAGUCUCCUCCUGGCCAGGUCACUGAAGCUGUUAAGGCAGCCCUUGCUCUUGGAUACAGACACAUUGAUGGAGCUUUUAUUUACCAGAACGAAGCAGAGGUGGGAAACGGAAUCCAUUCUGCGAUCGAUGAAGGUCUAGUGAAGAGAGAAGACAUCUUUAUAGUCAGCAAGUUGUGGUGCACGUUCCACGAAAAGAGCCUAGUAAAAGCGGCAUGUCAGAAAACUCUUCGUGAUCUUCAUCUGAACUAUCUUGACCUUUAUCUCAUCCACAGUCCAAUGGGCUUUAAGGCUGGUGACGAGCUUUUUCCUGUGGACAGUGAGGGCUUCAAUGAGGCAGGUGCCACACGCUUUCUUGAUACCUGGGAGGGUAUGGAAGAGUUGGUGGACUUGGGAAUGGUUAAGGCCAUAGGUGUCUCCAACUUCAAUCGUGAUCAAAUUGAUGCCAUCCUGAACAAGCCGGGUCUUAAGUACAAGCCUGCCAAUAACCAGAUUGAAUCCCACCCAUACCUGACCCAGGAAAAGCUCAUCAGCUACUGUCACUCACAAGGCAUCACUGUGACUGCAUACAGUCCGUUUGGAUCACCCAGAAGACCAUGGGCCAAAGCGGAGGACCUCUCUCUGAUGAAGGAUCCAGUUAUAGAAGCCAUAGCAACCAAGCACAACAAGAGUGUAGCACAGGUAUUGCUUCGCUUCCAUAUUCAGAGGAAUGUGAUUGUCAUUCCAAAAUCCUGUACACCCCUUCACAUACAAGAGAAUUUUCAGGUAUUUGACUUUGAGCUGAGUGAUGAGGAAAUGAAAACUAUUCUCGCUCUUAACAGGAAUUAUAGAUACUUCGUCUAUGAAUCAGGGCUGAGACACAAAGACUAUCCAUUCCACACUGAAUAUUAGAAGUAAUUUAAUGUCUGGAUGUAAACUAAAACUAAGUAGAUUUCUUUGCAUCUGAUGAAUUGUUUGAAUUUAUUUUGAGAAGUACAUUGCUGCUUAAAGGUACACAACAUAAUGCUGA